AUGAAAAAUAUCGAUAAAAAACCUAACAGAAGGACUCAUACUUCCAAAAUCUCUUCUAACAAGUAUUCAGCAAGUAGUCACAAUAGACAUCAGAAUGAAAGAAACAUAUAUUCUGAAGGAGGACUGUUCCCAGUGGGUAAUGAAGUAGUCAAACACACAGUCUAUGGAAAUCACUGUUUGGAGAAUGCUACUACAAAGUGGUUUGCUACAAAUGAUUAUCGACAACAUCCUGGAGCGUUUUAUCCUCAUGCAAUGGGAGCAUCAGUGAAAAGUAGUCAACGAAUACCAGAAAACAUAAAACAAGGUUUUUAUUAUGAUGAUGAAUCCAAAGAUUCUCCGUAUGGAGUGAUAAAUUGUGAAGAAUUUGAUGCCUGUGACCCGACCACUACAUUAGAACAUGAUGUGAAGGAAUUGAAGAAAUAUAUUAAAUUAGUUGUUAACAGACAAAAGAAGACAGCUAGAAAAGCUUAG